CUUGACACUGGUGUGGAAAAGAUGGCUGCUUCGGCGGCAACGGCGAGUUCGUCCCCCGGUUUGUGUCCGAAUUACGCCGUGAUUUGCUCCUUCCUGGAGAGGUACGGAGCAUUGCUGGACUUGCCGGAGCUCACCUUUCCCCAGCUGGAGAGAUAUCUGCAGGACACAUCCUCAGUUCCAAAGCUGCUGGUUGAUCUUCACGUCAAGUUGCUGAGGAAGAUCGGCAAGUCAGUGUCAGCAGACAGAUGGGAGAAAUAUCUAGUAAAGGUAUGCCAAGAGUUCAACACCACCUGGGCAUGGGAACUCGAACAAAAAGGAUACAAGGAGAUGUCGGCGGAGUGCAAGACGGGGAUACUUAAAUAUUUGUGCGAGUGUCAGUUUGAUGAAAACGUGAAGUUUAAGACUGCUAUCAAUGAGGAGGACGCAGAUAAAAUGCGGCUGCAGCCGAUUGGCCGGGACAAAGACGGUCAGAUGUACUGGUUUCAGCUGGAUCAAGACGACAAUGUGCGCGUUUAUGUGGAGGAACAGGACGACUUGGACGGGUCAUCGUGGAAGUGCAUCGUCAAAGACAGAAAUGACUUGGCUGAGGUUGUGGCACUGCUGAAGACACAAAUUGACCCAGCGCUAUUAAAAAAAGAGCAAGAACAGGAAACCAAACCUGACAGUGAAGAGGAUAAAGAGAAAGCAGAAGGAGGUGACGUUAAAAAGAUUGAGGACACAUCAGAUGAAGACGACAAAGACUCCAACAAGGCUGCCUGUCCGGUUUCACCAAAGACAGAGAAUAAUGAAAAAGUAACACCGAAAGACAGCUUGAAAUCAGAAGCGUCUGCGGCCAAAUCAUCGCUGAAUGGCAUCAUUGAAGAUAAAACUGAAUCAGAACUCUGUUCAGAAAAGCCGGCUGUGGAUCUCAGUAUCAGUGCAAAAGCCCAGAACAUCAAAGAAGAGCCGAUGGAGGUGUCGGACACUAAAACCAGCACAGCAGCAAGUGAACCUGCCUCUGAGGUGCCAUGUAAAUCUGUAAAGGCAGAAAAGGGCGAGGAGACCAAGAAGAACAGCGCAGAGGAGAUUCAACAAGCUCUGAAGAACGACCAACAGGCCAAAAUCCCUUUGAAAAAAAGAGGAAUGAAGUUUAGUGAAGACUUUGAAAAGAAUAGUGGCAUUAUAGUGCAAAACCUGUCUGCUUCUCAGGUCAAGGAAACUCUUAAAGUUGACUCAACUCCCGAACAGGCAAAGAAGGCGCAGAGUGUAAAUGAUCAUGUUAAUGGCGAAGUUCAGCCGGCAUCAGAGAAAGGGCUGCAGAGUCAUUUGCGUGAGUCGCUAAAAGACGCUGCCGCCGACAAAGAGCAGACGACUGAACCAGCUGCAGGUAAAUCCGUAGAAGCCAGAGAGAAGGACUCGCCAUCCGCAGAUGAGGAUGGUUCGAAAGAUGAAAAGGAUGAAGCUUGUCGUGUAGAGAAGGUCACAGGGGGAGUCAAAUCACACCAAGCAGACUUGGACAAGAAAAAUGUAGAUAUGCAGGUAGAAAAGGAAAGCACUGCAUCAAAAGAAAAGGAAGAAACGCACAAGUCUCCCCCGCCACCAACUGAACCGCCACUUUUACAGAAAGACGUUAAUAAUGUACUUGAGAGGUCGUCUAAUCAUGAGGAAAAUCAAAAAAUAAAAGAAUCCAAACCAGCAGAUACAGAGGAGUCUGGUGCCGUAGACAAGACGACCACAUUAAAUGAAACCGAUAAAACGUUAACAACAGGUGAGUCCGAUAAAGUGAAAUCCAAAGAAGUUGAAUCAGAAGAUUUGAAGAAAAAGCCAGCCUCUGCAGAGUCAAAUCAGACUGAAGAAACAAAGACGUCAGAGAUGACAGAAAAUCUAACAGAUAUGAAUGCUAAAGAAAAAACGACGCCGGAGACUAAAGAAGAGAAAUCUGAUAACUCAGCACUGAAAGAGAAGCUGGGAGUUGUCAAAACAACGGAGACACAGUGUGUAGACAAAGAUCCUGCAAAGAAAUCUGAGUCUGAAAAUGCCACGUCACCGUCUGUCAUUAAAAAGACAGAAAUACUAAAAGGCAGUGAUUAUACGGAGACCCAAGUGGCCUCAGAAAGUUCUAAGGUCAUUAAAAAGGCAGAUAAACUAUUAAUCAGUGAGAAAUCAGAAGAAACAUCCAACGCUAAAGACAGUUCAGAGUCUUCUGUUAAAAAUCUGGACAAAUCAGAAUCAUGUAAAGAGAUGACUUCAGAGAAAGCUAGAGCAGCCGAGACGAACGCUGAAAAGAUGGAGAAGACUGAAAAGCCUGAAGAUAUAAAGAAAACUGUCAACUGUGACAAAACGAUACCUGAUGUUGGCAAGAUAAGCGAAUCUUCGCCCGGGCCUGUGGAGGUAGAAGCAGUGGCCGUUAAACACAAUCUGACAAAGCCACAAGAGGAUGACAAAACUGAGAUGAACCCAGUUGCCCACAAGAAGGCAAAGGAAGCAUCUGAAGGGAAAGAUAAGCCAUCCAACGUUGUUCAGAAGACAAACGUCCCUGAAGAAACUGAUAAGACACCUGAAAAGCCAGAACAGAAAAAGGCGUCUGAAGAACAGCCUAUAAAAAUUGUGGCAGAGCAUCCAUCAUCUGAAAGUAAAAAAGAUGCCGACAAGGAAAAUGUGAAGGACACAGAUAAUGAAAAUCUUAAAAAAGACAGUGAGAAACUCCAAGAAAGUAAAGUGGAUUCCACGACAGAUAAACUCUCUCAAACGCAAGAGGAAAAGGAGGAGAAGCACAAAGGUAAAGAGAGUGAAACCUCAACCAAAAUGGAGGAAAAUGAGAGCAAAGAACCUGACAGCAAAUCCUCAACUGAAACGGAGAAAGCGGGCGACUCGAAAGAACCUGGCACUGAGCCGACUGUAGAGGAAAAUAAAAACCAAAGUGAAGAAGAGGAGUCUGCAACAAAGAAAGAAGCUCCGUCAGAUGCUAAGGAUUUGGGCACCCGACGGAAAAUCAAGCGCCCAGCCCACCGAAGGAAAGCUGAACUUCAGAGAGAGGAGAAACACGGGGAUUCAGAGUCUGAUACAAACACGGGGAGGUGUCUUCGAAGAUCGCCGAGGAUCUCCAGACCGACGCCAAAGGUGGUGGAGAUCCAUGACAGGAAGCUGGAGAAAUCGCAGGCUGUUCCACCGGCCGGGAAGCGCGAGGAAGAUAAGGGUGAGAAAGAAAAAGACAAGGAGGACGAGGAGGAGGAGGAGGAGGAGGAAGAGGUGGUGAAGGCUGUUCAGAAGAAACCAAGAGAGAAAAAGGCUGAUCAGGAGGGGCAGCCCAAACCAAAGGGGAGAAAGAGACGGAGGAAUCGUUGGUCCAACACACGAACGCGUCGCAAAAAGAAAGGCUCCGAAGAUGAAGAUGACGACAACAGCGAGGAGGAGUCCAGCGAGGAGGAGGAGACCGAGGAAGAGGACGAUAGCGACGAAGACUACAAGGUCGAGCGGAGCAGAAAGAGGCGGAAUCGUAACCGAGAAAGACGAAGCUCGGACUCCUCGACAUCCUCAGACGACGACCUACCUCCGAACGACGACCCCUGCAAACAUUGUGGUCUUCCAAAUCACCCGGAGCUGAUUUUGCUGUGCGAUUCGUGUGACAACGGGUACCACACAGCCUGCCUGAGGCCUCCGCUCAUGAUCAUCCCCGACGGAGAAUGGUUCUGUCCACCCUGUCAGCAUAAGCUUCUUUGUGACAAGUUAGAAGAGCAGCUCCAAAAUCUCGACGCUGCUUUGAAAAAGAAGGAACGGGCUGAGAGAAGGAAAGAGCGUCUCAUUUAUGUUGGAAUCAGUGUUGAAAACAUCAUCACGCCUUCAGUGGAAGUAGAGGAGGAAAAGCCAGAGAUCAUAAUCAAAGAGAAGAAAGAACCAAAGCGGAGUAAGAGCUGUGGUCGAAGGUCUACGAGGGCGAAGAAAUCCAUCAGCUACAGAUUUGAUGAAUUCGAUGAGGCGAUCGAGGAGGCGAUUGAGGAAGACAUCAAAGAAGCUGAGGGCGGAGGAGCCGGUCGGGGUAAAGACAUGGCCAACAUCACAGGCCACAGAGGAAAAGAUAUAUCCGCCAUCCUCCAAGGAGAGGAGGGCAAGGAGAACGGCCGCCCGCCACGUUCCACCGCCGGUCAGCGCAGGAAAAAACGCCGGCGACUAAACGACCUGGACAGCGACAGCACCGUGGACGAGGAGGAAAGUGAGGAAGAGUUUCGCCUCACUGAAAGCUCAGAAGAAGAGUUUGUAGUGUCUGAAAAUGACACGGAGGGUGAAACGGAGGCGGACUCAAACAACAGCGACUUCGGCAGCAACAGCAGCGGUAAGCAUCGUACUUAUUCGCGGACCAAGAAGCCGCCGAAGCGACGACGAAGUUCCAGAAAGCGGCGGAGACCGAGAGGGUACUCAGAUGAUGAAGAAGAGGAGACAGACGACGAAGAUGAAGAUGAAAUAGUGACUGAAGGGUCCAGUGAGUUCAGUGACAGUGAUCUAGACAUGAGUCGACGGCGGUCUCGACGGAGUCAGAAGAAGCAGGUGAACUACUGCGAGACAUCCGAGUCCGAAGGCUCUCAGGCAGAAACCAACCGGGCCAAAAUGAAACCCAGACGUCGCCAGGACAGCUCUGACAGUGAGGCGAGUUUCUCCAGAGACUCUGAGGAGGAUUCGAGGGAUCGGAGGGUAAAGAGGAGAGCCGACUCCUCAGAGGAAGAUUCCCGGCAGCGGCACAGGCGGCUUGCGCUAAAACGCAGGAGAGCCUCUGAAGACGACGACUCGGACGACGACUCGGACGACUCAUCGGAGGAGGAUCGGCCCAUCCGGAAACGAGUGAAUCGCAUCGACUCGGAUGACGACGAAGAGGAAGAGGAGGAGAAACUGAAGGAGAAGAAAGGGGACGAGGAGUCAAAAGGAACAAACCCUGCGGACUGUAAUCCGGUGGAGCUGCCACCCACCAACGGACAGAGCCCGAUAAAGAGCCUCGAGGGCCUCAUCAGCCGGCCUGCUGCCGCCGCUCCAGGCCUCAUCGCAAAUCUGGAGCCACCCAAAAACAUCAGUGCCACGCCAGCUGCCGCCAUAGCCCCAAACGGUCUGGUUGGCCAGGAGAUGGCGGCGCAGGAGGAUGACGAAGACGACCUAUUAGGAGUCACAGACCUAGUGGACUACGUCUGCAAUAACGAAGACUUGUAAAAAGAAAACGGUGUACUGUUUCAUUUUUUGUGGUAUUGUAUUUUUAUAUUGCUUAACUUUAUUAUUCCCUCCCCCAGCAACACUUCCUCUUUACCUGCGUCAUCUGGAGCUGGAGUCUCAGCAAUUUCUGCUACUGUCAGAACUGGAUCCCCAUAACCAGUCUAAUGCUGUCCCUGUGGGAUUAUACAACAAAUAAGGGCACCAAACUAUCAACUCUCAUUUGUUUGUUAAUAAUCAGUUUACCUACAAAUCAUCCACAUCAUGCAGCUCCACUGCCAAACCACCACCUCUUCCAGAAACGUGUCAAUCAUUUCUCCUGUCACAACCUCCGUUUCGUUCAAGAUUUCUACACAUUUUAGCUCCUGUGUUUGUCAACAUUGAUGGAAAAUUGGCACUGAAAUUGUUUGUGUGGAAACUAGUUUAAGAUUGCUAAAUGACUGGGACGUUUUAACAUUUUAUUUGAAUGAAAUUAGUCAUUCCAUAAUUGAUUUUAAGUUCUGGGCAUCUGUUAAAAAAAUCAAUCUUGUUUUUUUUUUUAUGUUAUCCCUUAAAGAUAUAGUUUGACAUUUUAGGUAAAGAGCUUAUUUAUAAGAGGCAGAGAAUCAGAUGAGAUGAUUGAUACCACUCUCAUGUCUGAUAGCCAGCAGCCAGCCAGCCAGCUUAGUUUAGCACAAAGACUGAUUUACUUUUGAUACCACUAGGUAGCGCCUUUCUACUUGUCAAACAGCAGUCACAGGAAGACCAGCUGCUCUUUCGUCUGCCUCUAGCUGCUGUGGCUAACACGUGCUAUGCUAACAGUAGCUAGUCUGCACACUGAAGCACAGCUAGUUUGUGGGUGCAAAGCCCAACAGCGAUGGACUGUGCCCUGGUCCAUCACUAUUCAGUUCUGUUCUAUUCUCAGUCUUGUUACAAUUAUUUUUACCUUUUAACGUAUGAAAACAUGAAUGUGCUGCAUUUAAAGGAAAGGUUUGAUUACCAUUAUAUUUUUAGCCAAAUAAAUACUUUGGGCCACAAAGUCCGCCUACAAACACCUCUGUGGCGCAUAAUUUAACAUGUUAUGUCUCAUUUGUUAAAUCUAUGUAAAAAUGUAAAUUCGUAGACGCAACAUCCUCCGUAAAAUGUCACAUUGAUGUUUUUACACUUCAGGUUUUGUAUGUAUUUAACAAAUAAGAUAUAAUGUGUUAGUCAGUGAGCUUUAGAGGUGUUUACCAAAGCUGACAAACAGACAGAAGUGCAUUGAGACAUGACGGUAGUAUCAAUCUUCUCCUCCAGAAAGCGAAUUUCCAAAAAUGUCAAACUUUUGUGUUUUUUAUAAAACCUGUCAUGAGACUAUUUAAUCUUGUCUAAUAACCUUCUAGACUAAUAAGUAGUCAACCAACUGUCAUUUGUUAGCCCCCCCCCCCCCCGAAUGAUAGAAUAGGUUUUGUAUAUUGUAUACAUAUAUAAUUAUUUGAACUGUGCGCUGCCAUCAGUAUCAGUGGUGAACUCUGGUGUUUUGAGUACAAUGUUUGUUUGGAGGAGGGGAAAUCAGUAAAACUCUUGUCCCUCUUAAUCAUGAGAUGUAGUUUCCUCGUAUUACAUUUAUGUUACCAUUUGUGAUUUUUUAUUUUUUUUAAAUAAUGUAUUUUUUUGUAUAUCUAUACUUUUGAGCGAAAUGUAAAGUGUCUUAUUUUCUUUGUACAUUGUCCUUUAUAGGAGGUUCAAAAACCUGCAGACUUGUGGCUUUUAUUACCUAAAAUAACACUAAGCUACAAUAACACCCCUCUUUAUUUUUUUUUUUUGUUUUAAAUUUUGUUUAUUAUUCUACUCCCUUGGAUCUUCCUGCACACAACACACCAUGUUUUUAUUCACAUUCUCUAUUUUCAUAAGCUCGAGUUGACUUUCGGAUCAAGUUGGAGUAAACUGCCAACUUUUAAGACCUCAGACCAGAUCAAGAGUGUAAAAAAUAAACAACUUAGUGGAAUAAUUGUAGUUUUGAACCGAUAGUCAGGAUGCAGUUUUUGAAUGGGGGAAAUGGACAGAAAAACAAACAAACCAAUGACUUCACUGACCUCUGCUGGAACCAGUCUGUGUGUAUAUCUGUAGUUUUUGCUGUAAUAUAUUUAGAGGCAUUUUUUAAUCAUUGAAAAAUAUAUUGGGCAAUUCUUUGGGAUUGCAUGAGUUUCUUAUAGUUUUCUUUUGUAGGGAUGUAAUAUUGACACAACAGUUUUUGUAACAAAACCAGAAAACUUUGGCAUGUUUUAAGGAUCUCUUCACCUGUUGCGUUAGUGCUGAAGGACUAGUGAAGUAGACGCCACAGGAUAUCCCAUCAUUUGCAGUGAAACUGCAUAGGUAAGCAUGCGCUGACCUACUAAAGACAUGUUAUAGAAGCUCGGGGGAAAGAGGGGAGAUUAUCAUAGUAAAUAAUCUAGGACAGCUGAAUCUGAUUUAAAGAGAGGAAAUGAGGCCUGUUUGUAAAAUAUUUUGUAAAUUAGUCUCAGCAUGGUCUUCACAGAGGAUAAACCACUCUAUUUAUCAUACCGUUUUGAUACUGGCUAUGGCCAAACAUGACUUCCUAGACAAAAUAUAUAUGUGCUGCUUGCAGUGCACAAAACUAAGACUUCUAUACACAAUAUUUAGCUUUUAGAUUAGUUGGACAGAAUAUAGCAAACCCAAUUCUACAAAUAUAAUAGAAGUGUGUGUUCUGGUGGGUUGAGGCAGAGUAAAGGAAUGUGGAUGUUUAUAUGCUGUGUGUAACCCUGUUUUAAAUUCUCCACAGAAACGAGGAGAAGGUAUUAAUAUGUAUCUCACGGUUAUGAAAUAACCUGUAGCAAGACCUGCAUAGGAAUGGAGAGAGAUAGGGGAGAGAAAUAAAAGCUGCGAUGGGAUUAAGGGAGGGAGUCAGUGCCAAUGACUGAAGUGUUAAGAGUUUCCUAUUUACCUCAUGAUGAAUCUGGGAGGAAAGACACCCUGUCCACUGUAUAGUUGCUAGUAGACUGGUUGUUGGUGUUUUGUCUGCUCCUUACAUUUUUGUUAACUUUACUGUUAUUUCUUAUGAAUCUGAUCUUGUACAUUUGUCAUAAUAAAAUGGGUUUCAAGACUCAUGUC